ACUGGUAAUAAUUUAAUAAAAAAUAUUAUUACCGAGGGUUUGGUAAUAACCAUUAAUUCCACCACGGUAAUAAAAUCAUUACCAGCUUUUAUAAAUUUUGGGUAAUGGACAAUAUCGGUAAAUGGUAAUAUUAGUUUUCCCCGAGUGGCGAUGACUCCACUCCGCGAGGAAUUGAAUCAAUGCCAUAUUGUGCUGACAGUCAAUGCCGAUGUAAUUUUACUAAAGAGUAACAAAUAUACACCAAACGGUGUAAACAAUUUUCAUAAUUUGGUAUUGUAAUAUUACUGGUAGAACCAAAACUGUUACCACAUGGACGGAAUAUUCACGCCAUAGCCAUCAUCAUUCCUCGUCAUCUACUUUGUAGUUACCUUGGCCGUUAAAGUCAGCGAAGUAAAAAUGACCAAAUUGGUCAGAGUUUGUAAUUUAGCCAGGGGAAAGAAAUUAAUUAUUUCUUCUGGGGAUUAUGAACAGUUCUUGCGUAGUGUGAAGACCAAAUUUCAAGUCGAGACUGACAACGACAUCAUUUUGGAAGACGACCAUGGCGCUGAAGUUGAUGAGGAAGUAUUCCCUAUUCUGUUGGAUCAAGGCAUAAUCCCAGCAAUAACAUUCAAAAUCGUGGGGGAAGACGCAGCUAGUGAUGGAUCGUACACCCCUCAAUGUCAACAAAUUUAUUACAUUAAUAGCCCUGCGCCCAUUUCGCCUCAAUCGCCAGCAACUCCAGCGUCGCCCCAAGGGGAAGACUAUUUUAAACAGGCUUUAGAAAGUUAUAUUGAGAGAAAACCAGACUUGAAGGAAUUAGUGUCAAAUUGUAACGCAGAGAGAUUGGUAGACUCGGCGGCCGCAACGAAACUCAUAAAUGAUUUUGUCUCGGUGUUAAUUGAUUUAAGGGGGGAUUUACCAUCCACCUCUGAUCAGCUGCGAUUUGCCAAGGCAAUAAUCGAAAUUAUUCCGUGUUGGAAAUACCCGGAUUCAAUUGAUGGAAUUGAUAUUUUGUAUGAUACUGUGAACCGUUCCGGCUUAAUUCAGACUCGUUUACGAUGGAUUCACCCAAACGUUAAAGAAAAAAACCCUCUAAAAUCUUUGAAGCGACCCGUAGCGAGUGGAGCUGGAGCACCCAUUUCCAAUAAGCAAGACGGACAUGUUCAAAUUGCUGCUGACGAUAUCGCCAUCGCGGAAUUAAAUUCCUCACUUCCGGAGGACGAAGUUAGGCGUCUCAUGAUACAAACCUUGGAGCACAGAAAUUAUUUGCGAGGCACUAAUGAAAACUCAGUCCUCCGGGUGUAUCGAAAAUUCUUGGAAUGCGGAUUUCUGAUUAACUUCGAGUUCCAGCUGAUGUUUCCAGCUAAUGCGGCCAAAUUUCUGGACACGUGGGAAACAUUGAGGGAGCAAAUAUUAACAAACUGUAAAAGAAUCAGCAAAUCGACGGCUCUUCAUAAAUUCAUAAACGAUAAUGCUGGAAAUUGGGAUCGGUCAACUGGCGCAUUGUUGGCCCUGCUUUAUUUAAUCCCCCCGACAGCGCAUGGGCGAGGGAAAGGUGCGCGGUGCAAAAUUGAAGAUGCGGAAUCUAGACUUGUAAAAUAUUUUAAAAGUGGAACGCCAUUGCAGUCAAUUUUAGAUACUUGGGAUUCGGAUAUCAGUCAACCCACUUUGGUGUACUUGGGCGACGAUAAAACAAAUCCGUCGACAUUUUUCAUCAUUUGUGACAAGUUGGCCCUUCCGCUGAAUGCCAGUAAUUCUACAGAGGCCAUCGACUCUCUUUUUAAGGCUCAUUAUGUGAUCGGGACAAAAUACGACCAAAAUUUGGAUGGAUUAUGGAAGUUUAUGCAAAUUCACGUCUUCCAAUUAGACAUUCAAAACACAACUCUUCCGCGCAAAGCAAAACAAGUCCUCCAACAACUUUCAAGCCUUUCGGAAAGCAAUUGACCAGUAAUUUUAAUAAUAUAAAUUUCGGUAAAAAUGUAUUAUUGUUCUGAGUGCAGAAAUACGUUUACUCGGGUAGAAGAUAUUAUUGUUCAUACAAAAUACAUUCAUAAUAUAGGUAGUGCAAAUUUUAGGAAAAGCUUUUGCCCCUUCAUAAA